GGUGUGCGGUCGUCGGCGCCAGGGCGGGCGGGCCAGUACUGUGCAUCUCCCCCGCUCUUCCGUGCCCCUCCCGAGCUGUCGCUGGCGGCGGCCCUGCCUGGGUCGGUCGCGCCGCGGAGCGAGGACUGCGGCGGGGUCCGGCGGGGCGGGGGCGUUGGGCCCCGCGCCCCCGGCCGGCGGGUGACACAGCCGCGGCGGUCGCAGGCCCCCGUGGCCGCGCGGCCCUCCCCGCACGCGCGCCCCCGCGACACCUUCCCCAGCUCCGCGGAGCGCGUCCCCCUCCUGGCCUAGGCGUGAGCGGACGGCGUCGGCGAGCUGGGAGCAGCCGCCUGCGGUAAACCGGUCCGCAGGUGGUCUGCACACAGAAUAAGCCAGGAGGCGGGACUGGGGGCCGAGGGCUGCGGUGGUUAGGGAGGCCUCCCGGGACUCGACCAGUGCACGGAACCCGAGCUCGGACGGGCCCGCCAGGCUUCGGGAACCCGAGGUCCCGGCUGGCUUGACUGGUUGGAUAACAAAGAGAAGGCUGGCGAGGCUGCAGUGUAGUGAGGAGCGCGAGGGGCGCCAGGCCCGUAAGCAGCAGUGACUGCGGAGUUUUUGUUUAAUUCCCUGUAUGUCCCAGCCCUUUUUAUUUCAUUUUUUACUUUAUAUUGAGACAGUCUUGCUAAGUUACCGAAGCUGGCCUCAAACUUGUGAUCCUCCUGCCUCAGCUUCCCAAGUUGCGCAGUGAUUUCCCCCCUCCCCCAGAAUAUGGAGGGAAGAAGGACGACUCCUUGUCUUCCGGGUCCCAGUUGAAUGUAAUUUCCCCCAGGAAGCCCUCCUUAAUCCUCCAUGUAAACUAACAUCGCCCCCACACCUUGAUUGAUACUUUUUCUUUUAGCAUAUGAUCAAGAACUUGGAUUAUUUUUUCAUUAUAUCCUCUGCUUCAAUUUUUUCAAACCCAGCACUGUUUAAUCUGAUUAAAGACAUUUUUGCUUCCAUGUAGAACUAAAGGCAGAUUUCCCCGCUCUAACCAAGCGGCCCCUCCCUGAGGACAUGCAAUCCCAGAUGAGAGCAAACAAAAACUAGCUGAGUGUUCACUGUCCCCAGCACCUACCCCAUCCCCAGCGGGUAACCUGGAAUGGCGAUGGUGUUCCCAAAACCCAGAACCCAGGGAUGCGGCGACUAGUACAGAGGACCCACCUGCAUGUUCCUAAUGUGGCCUCCCCAUCUCCUGGGUCCUCACCAAGGCCUUGACCACCCAGAACAGUAGAGUGUGUGGUUGCAGGAAGCUGUCAUGUUCGAGGAUGUGGCUGUGUACUUCACAAGGAUAGAGUGGAGUUGCCUGGCCCCUGACCAGAGGGCCCUAUACAGGGAUGUGAUGCUGGAGAACUAUGGGAAUCUGGCCUCCCUGGGCUUUCUUGUCACUAAACCUGCACUGAUCUCCCUCUUGGAGCAAGGAGAGGAGCCAGGGGCCUUGAUUCUGCAAGUAGCAGAAGAGAGAGGGACCAAGCCUGACCUGUGUGCAGAUUCCAGGAUGAAGGCUGGGAUCUUGUCAUCGCCUCUGAGGAGGGACUUCUUCAGGCAAGCAGGUCUGACCAGCGGGAUUUGGGGCUGCCUCCCUGACCUGAAUAGCAGGCCUGAGGAUGGGUCAGAUACACCCAUCCAGCCCUGGGUCUCCCCAGGGUCCCUGCAGGAAGAGCAGGGCGGCAGGCCUCCCCGGAGCCUCACCAGUAGGCAGGGAGACUACAGGUGCACCUGCGGCAAGAUGUUCAGAUACAACUCCCUGCUGCUCAGGCACCAGAUCAUCCACACUGGGGCCAAGCCCUACCAGUGCACGGAGUGCGGCAAGGCCUUCAAGCAGAGCUCCAUCCUGCUGCGCCACCAGCUGAUCCACACGGAGGAGAAGCCUUUCCAGUGCGGCGAGUGUGGCAAGUCCUUCCGGCAGAGCGCGCAGCUGGAGGCCCACCGCCGUGUGCACGCGCGGGACCGGCCCUUCCAGUGCGGCCAGUGUGGCAAGGCCUUCGGCCGCAGCUCGCGGCUGCUGCAGCACCAGAAGUUCCACACUGGGGAGAAGGCCUUCGAGUGCGGCGAGUGUGGCAAGGCCUUCUGCCGCCGCUUCACCCUCAACGAGCACCGCCGCAUCCACAGCGGCGAGCGGCCCUACGCGUGCCCGAGCUGUGGCCAGCGCUUCAUCCGCGGGUCCUCACUGCUAAAACACCACCGGCUGCACGUGGAGGAGGGCGCCCGGCCCAGCGGCCCGCGCCCCGCGCCGGCGGAGGCGGGGCUGGAGUGCGCGGAGUGCCGAAGGCCGUUCCGGCACCGCUCGCUGCUGCUGCUGCACCUGCGGCUGCACACGGGCGAGCGACCCUUCGCGUGCGCACAGUGCGGCAAGGCCUUCGGCCGCAAGUCCAACCUCACCCUGCACCAGAAGAUCCACACGCAGGAGAAGCCCUUCGCCUGCACCGAGUGCGGCAAGGCCUUCCGCAGGAGCUACACGCUGAGCGAGCAUUACCGGCGGCAUGGCGGGUCGCUCCGCCCGCCCGCGGCAGGUGCACAGCGGGAGCCCCUGCUGACGGCGCCCGGCGGGCAGCAGGGACUUGGCCGGGUCUCCUCGGCGGCACGCGACUAGGUUCGGGGCUGAGGCGCAGUUGCAGGGCCUGUGGGACGGUAGACGGCGGUGGAGUGAGGCCGCCUCUCCGGCUGUUCCCCAGCAGACCUGGCGGGGAUUGUGGGUGAAGUAUUUCCUUUUGAAGAAAUACUUUCUUUUUAUUCUUCAAACAUUGACUUGCGAUCAGAAAGAAAAAGGAUAGGUUGAGUUUUUAUAGCUGUUCAUUUAAGAUUGGCCAAGAUGUGACCCUGCUUGAAAGGGCAGGCGAGUGGGCCAGGAGUUAGGAGGGGCCUGCCGGCUCCCCUGGCCUUGCCCAGGGAGUGGAGCCCCAGGCAAGCCUCGGGAAUCCAAGCUGGUUGUGGCCACAAACGGUCUUGCUGAGGAGAAGCCUGCCCACCAGCCCUCCCAAAUCUCAGGGAAGAAACCCCUGAGGGCCUAGUGACCAAUGAAGACCCAGGGACCCCUCCUCAUCCCAGGAACCCCAGGAACUCUGACAGGCUGUCUUGCGCAUCACAAAACCGGUGGGAGAAAGGACUGCUGGCCUGAAACCAAGCUGAGGACUCCACUGGAGAACACAUAUCUAUAAAUUAACAUGGUUUUUCUAAACAUAAUGUUAGUGUAGAACAUCUGGAAAAUGCCAAAACUUACGUUAAAAAAGAAGUGUGGUGGCACAGCACACUUGUAAUCCCAGCAGCUGGGGAGGCUGAAGCAGGAGUAUCAAAAGUGAAAGGCCAGCCUGAGCAAUUUAGCAAGACCCUGUCUCAAAAAAUAAAAAGGACUGGGGAUGUGACUCAGUGUAAAGUGACCCCAGAUUCGAUCCCCAGUACCAAAAUGAAUAAAUGAAAUUUUUCUUUAUCCCACCCCCUGGAGAUAGCUACUAUUGAUGUUUUGGUGUGUUUUCAGUCUCUUUCUAAUACUAUUGUGUACAGACACUUAUUUGCAGAAUUGGGGUUAUACUUUGCUUUGAAUUUUUUAUCUACUCAUUGGGUAACAAUCCCUGUGUACCUUUGCUGUUUUGUGUGAAGUAUGAUUUAUUUAACAGUUGCCUGAUUUUUAGACAUCUUUCUUUUCCAUGUUUCAUGAUAACAGUUGACUUCACAUGGCACAUGUCUGAAUUCCUAGGGGUUGGAUCUGACUUUCUAGGUUGAUAGUGCUGGGGAUGGGAUGGCACUUUUAAAUCAUUUUCGUUAAUCAUGAAAAAUGUCACUUUUUGCCUUUUUUAAAAUACCUUUUAUUUUGUUUAUUUUUACAUGGUGCUAAGGAUCAAACCCAGUGCUUCACAUGUGCUAGGCAAACACUCACCACUGAGCCACAACCCCAGACCUUUAUUUGCCUUUUGAUGAGUGGGUUUCCUGUGAGCCCUUGACAUUGUGAGUAUGUGGAGGUGGGGUACCUGGGAUGGAACCCAUGGCCUCAAGCAUGCUAGGCAAGCACUCUAACACUGAGGUGUACUCCCAGCCCUUACUUUUUUAAAAUAUUUUUUUGAUGUUGAUAGACCUUUAUUUUAUUCAUUUAUUUAUAUGUGGUGCUAAGGAUCGAACCCAGUGCCUCACACAUGCUAGGCAAACGCUCGGCCAUUGAGCCCCAGCCCCAGCCUGGGUCCUUGUUUGUUUUGACACAGGUCUUGUUUAGUCGCCCAGACUGCCCUCAGACUUUCAAUUCUCCUGCCUCAGUCUCCCAAGUCACUGGGAUUACAGGUGUGUACAGGUGCUGACAGAUGUGAGUUUGGGUUCAUGUCACCCUUGCAGACUCUGGGUAGUCAAAGUUUGUGCACCUGAGUCUGGUUUGCUUCCUUCAUAUGAUAAAGCCAGUGAGUACAUCUUCUGAUAUUUGUAACAUAUGUAAGCAUUUGUAAACAGGUCUCCCAGGCACCCUGUGGUGUUGGCAGGGUCUGGCCUGGGGAUACUGUUUUAUCAAGCAUUAUUUGACCAAGGUGUAGGAGCCACCCAGGGCAGAACAAAACCUAGCCUUCAGCUCCUGGUCUGGAGCCCACUGCUGUUACACCACAGAGCCUGUCUGUGUUCAUGCCCCCACAGGGUGAUAGGCUUGGGAAAGAAGGCUCUGAAAUGUAUGCAAGAGCAGUUUUCUGUAUGUGACCUAUUAGAGGGCAGUGAAUCAGUUUUGACUUUUUGGAGGGUACUAAGAAUUGAACCCAGGGGUGCUUUACCACUGAAUUACAUCCCCAGCCAUUUUUAUUUCUUGAGACAGGUUCUCACUGAGUUGCUGAGGCUAGCCCCCAAUUUGUGAUCCUGCUGCCUCAGCCUCACAAGUCACUGGGAUUACAGGCAUGCACCAUCACACCUGGCUCAGUUUGACUUUUGAACACUAUUUUUUUAACCUACAUUUCAUUUUUUUCCAUAUUUCUGUUGGUGCAUUAUAGUCGUGCAUAAUGGCAUUUGUUGUUACCUAUUUGUACAUGCCCACAAUAUAACGAUAUAAUUUGGCCAGUGUCAUUCCCCAUUAUUUCCCCCUUUCUUCCCCUCCUCUUCCCGCAAACACUUUUUGUUCCAAGGAAACAAAAACCAGAGACAAUAGAAAAUAUCAAAUUAUGUGCAUUUGCUGAGGAUAUGUGUGAGCCAGGUUGCAACAUAAGACACUUUUACUAUGGGUCUUGGUCAACAAGUCAGUUGAGACUGUUACAAUAGUUUUGCUCCCAUAGUACAAGGUGAAACACAGAUAAAUUCCAUGGGUGCCUGUGCAUAGAAAGUGUUCUUUCUAUAACUAGGCACCUGGGUCCCAUCUGUCCUUCAACCAGAUACCAGCAGUAAAUUUCAGCGAGUGAAUUUACCUUACCAGAAUAGCAGAAACAUGAACUAACUGGAGCAAGUCUUCCAUUUACUAGUUAAGAUUGCUUACUAAGCCAGGCACAGUGGCACAAGCCUCUAAUCCCAGCAGCUAGGGAGGCUGAGGCAGGAGGAUCUCCAGUUCAAAGCCAACCUCAGCAAUUGAAAAUAUAAAAAGGGCUGGGGAUGUGGUUCAGUGGAUAAG